AUGGGCGAAUGCUUAGAUCGAGAUUAAAUAAAAGUAUUAGAAUAGUCAUCAUAUUCUUAAACGCCAAUGAAUUUACUUAUUAAAGGUAAAUUUAAUCACAAUCGACCAAGAGUUAACACAUGAAGGUUAGUAAACAAGUCAUACUCUUAUGAAAUAAUCAUAAAUCUCAAAUUUAAUAAAGGAAAUAAAUCUGUUAAAAGUGAUUUCUUGUCCUAUUAAAUUCUAAAUCAAAAAAUUAAUUAUCUUGUUAUAGACAGGAAAUCUAAGAUAAUUUUUGAAAUUAAACCAUAUUGGAAGAGAUAAAAUAAUCAGUUAUUCAUUGAACCCAAGCUAGAUAAUUAUAUGUUUUGCAGAAAAUGAUAUCAAAUAUUCAUAAAUAUAUGAGCAGAUAAUUUCUAAUAGUAAUUUUACAGAGUUUAUGAAUUUUACAGAUGGUAUUGGGUAUUUAUAUGGGUUUGUUGGAGAUAGCCAGCAAAGAAGUUGUUGGGUUUAUUAAAGAGAACGCAAACUAAAUUUUAAUAUUUUUUAUAAAAAUUGAAUCAAAGAUUAGCUACUAAUAAUACUAUAGAAAUGCAAGGUAUAUCUUUGGAAAGUACCAACUAAAGCUUUGUUAUGAAAUAGCUGGAAAGUUGA